AUGUCUUCAAGCCUCAACUUCGGGUCCCGUAUCAAAAGCCUACACUCUGAGAAUGUAACGGAUUCAGUCGGUUCUACCAGUAUCUGCGAUGCCAGUCCGGACAAUGUUUACAAUCUGGAGCCUGGGGGUCUUAAGCACCGAACAACAUCCACCGACAUUACAUGGCCGAGCGAGGAACAGGCGCAUGACUUACUCAAUACAGUCCUCGCAUCUAUUGGAAGCUUGCAGCAUCUGAUCGAUCCGAGAUCGUUUUCUGACAAGCUCUGUAGCUUUUAUGAAGACGACUCGAACCGAACAGGCAUUGACGAUCUUUGCUACAUUGAAAUCCUCAUGGUUUUUGCCUUGGGUGAACUGUUACAGGGUAAGAUGGAGGAAGGCUCAACAUUCCCUGGUGCCACCUACUUCCUCGAGGCUGUCAGCUGCCUACCUUCGUUAUGUGAUCUACGAAAAUCGGGUACGUUGGCAAUCGAGAUCAUGGGUUUGUUCGCUUUCUUUCUACAAUGCUCUGAUCGGAAAGACGAUGCGUACGUCUAUGCUGGCGUGGCACUGCGGCUGGCCAUGUCCAAUGGUCUCUCUCGCGAUGAUGCCACAGUUCAGAUGAAGAGAUCUGAGAAGACGCAUCGUAAUCGCUUAUGGUGGACCAUAUAUAUGCAAGAGAGGAGACUAGCCGCCGCAACAGGUAACCCUGUUGGUAUUCUUGACGACAACAUAACCACCAAAUUGCCCAUCGAAUCCGCAGGUUUCUCACCGACACCGGCACUGAAGAUCAAUAUCGAGAUCGCGAGGUUGAGUGGUUUGAUCACACAGGGACUAUAUGGACUCAAGGGAAGAUCUGAAGGACAAUUCCUGCGCACUGUACACGAUCUCCUUGGAGAGCUUAAGUCAGUGAGAAGAGACCUUGCAGCUGAGUUUCCAUUAGAAUUUUCGAAAGCUUUUACCGUUACAAGGACGGGUGCGACACUGUAUCUGAUGCUAUUCCAGGCUAUUAUACUGACAACAAGACCAAUUCUCCUCCAUCUCGCUAAAUCGAAGCUUCAAGGUAACGACACAGACCUUUCAAGCACCGCAUCUUCCACUUUGCACGUGCUUGCAGCGACGUGUAUAGAAGCUGCAGGUAUGACUUUGGAUGUUCUACUCUCGCUCAAGCAACAGGAAUUGCUAGCUAAAUUCGGAUAUUUUGAUUUGGAUGCAGCAAUCUCGGCCGCUUUUAUUUUCAUACUUGUUGAAAGCCUUCAGUCUGUUGGAUCACCUCGCUCAGGACUCCAUGGCAUCCGAAGUGCGACAAGCAUACUUCGAUACCUCACCAAGCAUGGCAACAAAGCUGCUGCGAAACGCAUGUUAGAUGUUGAACAUAUCUGUCAGCACCUCGGUAUUGGAAUUAGUGUUCCCACUAUUGCCGGAAGUCCUGCUGCUACUGCUGAAGGGCCAUCGGAUAAUUUAGAUCAUGGAGCCUUAUGUGAUCGUCUACCGUCUGCGGAAGAUACGACGAUGUCCAACAAGUCACACGCAGCAGAUACGUACCAAGAGCCUACCUUAGCCACUAAUUGGCGGCAAGCUCUCUUCGAACUGCCAGAUCAUACUAGUCGCUUCUCAAACAGUCUGGGAUUCGACAACGAAUCGUACGAUAUACCCUCUAUUGACGACAUCGGCGAUUUCAACCUCGAUUUUGGUAACGACUUCAUGCUGACAGGGGCCGACGAGAUAGAUUGGGAGGAAUUCGAGCGACAAAUCCCCCGCAAUCAAUGA